GGAGGAGGAGGAGGCGGCACGGGUGCUGUUUCUCCAGUCUCUUUCCCCCUGUCUUUGUCUCACACACUCUUUUGUUAGCCAUGCCUAGCCUGCUGGUUCUAGCAGGGAUCAUGGAGAAAAAUGGGGGCUACGCCGGGGAUCUGGCCGGCUCCGGCUUCGGCGGUGAGGGGCUCCUGCCGCCCGACGAGGAGGAGGACGACUCCCGUGCUCUCAGGGUCGCGCUGGGCCAGCUGUCUCUGCUGGGGCUCGGGGAAGGCGAGGACGGCGGCGGAGGUGGUGGAGCCCCGACAACAGGAGUCGUCCAGGACCGGAGUAACAACAACAACAACCACCUCCACAACCACGCCAACACCAGCGGGGACGCUGCCAUCCUGCAAGGGAAGAGCAAGUUGUGCGCCCUGUACGAGAGCUCCUCAAGUGAGACGAAGGGACGAGGCUGCAACAUCACGGAAUGCGUCCCGGUGCCGAGCUCCGAACAUGUGGCCGAAAUAGUGGGAAGACAAGGUUGCAAGAUCAAAGCCCUGCGAGCCAAGACCAACACCUAUAUCAAAACUCCGGUACGAGGCGAGGAGCCCGUGUUCCUGAUCACGGGCCGGAAGGAAGACGUCGCUUUGGCCCGCCGUGAGAUCAUAUCUGCCGCAGAGCACUUCUCCAUGCUUCGAGCGUCUCGUAAUAAGCUAGGUGUGUCCUUCAGUGGCUCUCCACCCACACCGCUUCCAGGUCAGACCACCAUUCAGGUGAGAGUGCCAUACCGCGUUGUGGGGCUGGUGGUGGGGCCCAAAGGCUCCACCAUCAAGCGUAUCCAGCAGCAGACCUGCACUUACAUUGUCACUCCCAGCCGGGACCGAGACCCCGUCUUUGAGAUCACCGGGUCACCGAGCAAUGCCGAGCGGGCCCGCGAGGAGAUCGAAGCCCACAUCGCCUUUCGAACGGGAGGUCUGCAUGACCACAACAACGAGAACGACUGUUUGGGUCCAAACGGCGGAAGCAGCCCAGUGAGCAGCACUGGUGGUCUGGAGAGCCGGCUACAGCAGGUGUGGGGGCUGCAGGGGGGCCAGCGCAAGCCCCUCACCAGCAGCUACCGCCAGAACUUCUCAGACACCAUAGUUGGAGGGGGAAACGGAGGAGGCGGAGAGGGAGGGGGGAUCUACAACAAGACCAACUUCUCCAGCUCCGGGGAAAAGCCAUGCUCCUACUUUGGAUCUGAGGGUACCCAGGGCUGGGGUGACCCCGACUACCCCAAACAGGUGUCCUUUUACACCCAGCAGCGCUCCAAGAGCUUCGGAGGCCUCCCGCUGCCCCUGACCAGACUGUCUCCGGGCUUGAAUGAGCCUUGUGGAGGUGGAACCACCAAUAGUUCAUCAGUCACCAGCAUUGUAUCGGGCUCGCCUCAUGCCCAGGCCCGCCGUGCCCACAGUGAGCCCACCUCUGCUGUGGAGGGCUUCCCGGGCCGCCUGCCAGUGCCAGACUCGCCACCGGCCACCGUGCGGGACUGCAUGACCUGCUUUGAGAGCAAAGUGACGGCUGCCUUGGUGCCCUGUGGCCAUAACCUGUUCUGCAUGGAGUGUGCCAUUCGAAUCUGUGAGCUGAACCACCCGGAGUGUCCGGUGUGCCAUACCCAGGUCACACAGGCCAUCCGGAUAUUCUCCUAAAGAACCACGUCAGUUUUUAUCCUUUGUUCCCUCAGUGUUUCUUCAAUAAUUAUUUACUGUUCUUAUGAUUAUUAUUAUUAUUAUACACAUUUUUGUUUUUCAAAAAAUUUAAAAAACAAUCAAGCAGAUAUUUUAGAAGGCCCUGCUUGCUUUACUAAAAAGUAUAAGAAAUAUUUUGAAGUUUUUCUUUUUUUUAUAUAUAUAUAUAUGCAUAUAUAUUUUAUAAUAGUUUUGUUUAUAAGAGAAGUAUAGUACCCUGCAUUUUCAGUUUUUGGACUGCUGCUGUUUUUCAUUCAUGAAUCUCAGUGUAGGCAGGAGUAAUGUGAACAUUUUAAUAAUCAAAUUUUUAUUUUACCAUGAAGUGGGUUUAUACUGAAGGAAGAUGAUUGUUGAGGAACCCAGUCUGCACGUCUCUGACCCACAACGUCAAUGUUGUUAUUAGAAGGAAAAGAAAAAUGUCAUUGCACCUUACAAUCAUCUGGGUCUAAAGUAGGAUUGUCAAUCGUACCUUAAAAUUUGCAGAAGCAGAUGUGAAGGUAAAUUCAACCUUUUUCAGAUAUACUGUGAUUGUGGUUUUAUAUAAUUGGUCCAAAAUAUUUUGGUAAAUUGAAAAUGUGAAUAGAUUGGGUCCAUUCAGGAUCUGAACAAAGAAACACGAAGCAGAUCUUUAUUUCAUUCUUAAAAAUCAGAUAAAGAAAGGAAAAGGAUGUCAACUAUUUAUAGGAACCAGUUAAAUGUUACUGAUUUAAAUAUUUACAGAAAGAGAGGGAGGCUGUUUACAGAUAAAACUGUUUGUCUGGUAGCCAUUUGUGACACUUUGGUCACUGCAGCUUGUUGAACAGAUUCAGUCAUACUCGCCGCUCGUGGCACUUGAAAAGCACCGAUUCAGUUUGAGGAGAAAAAGACGCUGGAAUUUAUCCAGCUGGCCUGGUCCCGAGAUCCCCGGUGGACUUGUCUCAAAGCCACCUUAACCACGCUUUAUUGUCUCGUGUGGUCGUUUGGCUGCAGUCGAUGAACAAUGCGGGACACAGCGUCACCCCCCCCCCCCCCCCCCCCCCAACACACACACACAACCUCAGUCUCCCCAAUAAAAAGCAUCUCUGAGGCAUGUGCCGCUGCAGACGAAGCCGAGUAAAAAGGUGUAAAAUGUUUCCUGAUUUAGCAGCAGCUUACAAGAGUUGAUAAAGUAAAAUACAGAGUCCAGGACGGUAAUCCUUCCUCCUCGUCUCUGUCGCUGACAGCAUGAUGUGUGAGCUGCGAGGGGGCUGCUGUAAUUAGCAAAGCUGUACAGGAGCAGGUGUUUCAUGGCACAUUGUGGCUUUGACCCCAGGUUUGGAGGUCUCGCCAAGCCCCCUUUCUUUCUCUGUAUUCUCUGGGAGUGGCUUUCAUACCCCCAUGCCUCUCCCAGGCUUACAGUUGGAGCUUAUUGUCUGGGCAGCGACGGCGUGGGCUGCACCGGACACGGCCUGGAUCUGCUCAUUCAUAAUUAGGGAAAUGGGCUGGUCCAGGUGCGGACCGUGUGGGGACUCUGGACCCUAAAAGGGGGGUGUUGGGUGGGGGUGGGGGGCUUCUGGAUGCAGCUGGGGAACAGGACCCCUGCUUCCACUCCCCUUUUUCUAGCCCACGGGGGUGGGGUGGGGGGGGACUUCUUUUGUUCAAAAACAUCCAAGCACACACACACAAGUGCAGAAUGACACUAGCUGGAUCUGGCAGCUGUGAAAUAAAAUGGAGGUUUAGGAGUGAAAUAAACUGUCCAGUUACCUGGAAUAUUUAUCCCACAAAAUGUUACAGUGGUGCGGUAUGGGACCCUCCCCCUUACGGGACAGGGCAUGGAUCGUGUGGUCGUUACUGUAAGGGCCAAUGGCGGCCCCCUUCGCCUUACGUUCAGCUCUCAGAAUGAAAUCAGACUAUUGUAAUUGACAGGAAGGCAGAGGAAACGCCCCAUUUAACCAGCACUCAUGCUGAAUCAAAUUACACACCCUCUGCGUCUGCCUUAGCCCCAGCCUGGGGAUUUCAGAGGGCUAGAGGAGCGGAUGGGGGAGGUAGGGAUUAAAACUGUUGAAUGAUGGGAGGUGGGGGAGCUGAAAAAAGACAGAAGUAUGCUUCAAGACAAAAAAAACAAAAAACAAAAAAAAAACCUAAACCCCGCAGACUGAGGUGCUCUGUCGAUGAUCUGAGUGUUUGUGUCCUGAGCUGCUGUCACAUGUUCACCGUGUGUCGUGGUGCCACAAGUGAUUCACCGCCCCUUGGCCAGAACUCGGCUUCUGUCUUGUUUUAACAAUAAAGUCCUGAAGGCAGAAACACACAAAGCAGAGACUGAUAUAGGUGCAGUGUGCUCACAUAAAGCACCACGAAGUCUUCUGAGGGGCUGGACCGGUUUGGGGAGGUGGAGGAUUGCACAGCGUUUUGGCCGAAGCUUUCAGCAUCACAGUCUAGGCGGGACAACACUCUUUGAACUUAGUAUUAUUUUUUUUAUUUUGCUUUCUGCCUUAAUAUUUUAUGGAAUAUUGCCAUUGCUUUGGCUUAACAAGGUAGCAACUUUGGCCUUUGAUAGCACCACACCCCAAAAGCAACUUUUUACAGAACUUAUUUUUGGAUAAGACGAAUGUGAAUCAAACCGCUCGGGUGGGGAUUAGAGGGAUUCUGGACAUUAGGCUUCGAAAACAUACCCACAAAAUACAGAAUGAAGCACCUUAUUACAAAACAUUUGAUUAAUACCAAACCGACCACUGAUGGUGAAAUAUAUCUCAGAAUUUGAAAGACAUGCACAUAAGGAUUCCCUAUCAUUUAUUUAGUGUUUUGGUGGUUCUUGUUCCUAAUUGUGGCAAUUUGGGAGACCUCUCAACCAUCGAGUCAAUGCUGUUGACAUUUUAAUUUGUUCAGUUUUGCACUGGUUUUAUUGAAGAGAUGUCUUAUUAGAGAUUCUCCCAGUUUAGGCGCUGUAAGUUAAUGAGUGUUGUUGGGAAGCACUCUUCUGUAAAUAUAGUGUGUGAAUCAGUUAGGAAAAGGCGGAUGCCUGAAACAAGUUUUCCUUAUUUUUACAAUCUCAAAAGUGUCAUUUGUCAGCGUGUUUGGGUUUAGGGAGAGCUAAUCUUUUAUAUAUGUGCCCCAUCACCUGUUUGACUAUUAUAGUAUAUUAGAUAGAUCCAUACGUGUAAGAAAUAUUAUUUAAACUUAGUAUUUCAUCCAAAUAUAGAGAUAAAACUUAACCAGACACUACUAUAAACUGUAAUAAUGAAUUUUAUCAAUCCACUGAUGUACUUAAUCACAAAUAAAAACUCAAAUGAGUAUGUUUAAUAGUUUUUACCCCAACAGAAGAAAGCAGUUUUUAUUUAUCAGGAUGAAAAGCAAUAAUAUUGACGACACUGGGACAAUAAACGGUCUGUUUUAUUAAAUAUUGCUGGAUUAUUAGAAUAAUUCCACCGUGUUUCUGUCUGAUCCCAGUGGAGAAUCUAAUAUACCACAAAAGAAACUCCCAAAAGCUGCAGGGUCUCACUUAUUUAUUGCAGUUGAACUUUAGAAGGAUGAACGUGUGAAUCUGAACGUUGUUCGAGCUGGUUCUGGUUCUGAUGGGCUGACGUCGCAUCCAUUUGGACGAAGGACCGCUAACACCAUCCACGUGAUUCUUUAAGGUUCCACUGCAGAUCAGACGAGCUCAUGUUAGCUUAACAUGAGUUCUUGUUCAGAAAUGUACAAUUUAAUGGCCUCGUUUUGUAUUUGUUUUGCACUGCCUGCUUUUCUUUGAAAGAAAAAGGUCAGACGUAGCCAAAGAACAAUGUUUAACUUAUUUUAGCAUCAAUUUAAACUGGCUUAGAGUUUACUGAAGCGAGAAACGAUCUCAUCGUUCAAAUUACUCCCAAUAGUCCAAAAAUAAAUGAAUUUCAAAUGAACACGUAUCACGUUUCAGUGUUGUAGUUUAUUAGACACCACUAACGGACUCGUUUCGCCCCAAACAGUUCAGACAGGAGAACAUCCAGACUCUGCAGAUCGCUAACGGGGUGGGUCACUUGUCUGAUAAACUUGACCAAUCUGGAGAAGUUCAGAUUAAAAUUGAAUUUUAUGUAGAUUUAGAUGGAUUAAAAAAAAUCAGACCAAUAAAGACAAUUAUAGGUUUUAAAAAAAUCAACAAAAUGCUGGAGUUUUUCUCAGAAUCAUUAAGAGGCAUUAAUUCCUACGUGUAACUGCAUGUUUGUGAAAUAUAGUACAGGCUAAGAUUUAUCAAAAUAAAAGCUACAAGCGCAUACAAGGAUUCAUCAGCCUGUUAUCUAAAGUGUAAAAAAAAAAAGCUUUAAGACCUUAAAGAGAACAUCAGUUUAAAUCAUAUAUUUACUGCGUAGUUUAACUAAUUGAGACAUAGUUUAUGAUUCCUAGUAGGAAUAUGCUAAGUUUUAUUUGUCCGGCUCACCAGAACGAGAGACUUUUAAUUGUGCGGAUCAGCAAAAGGUAGGACAAAGUAGUGGUUUAUUAUGUUGGUGUUAGUAUUAUUUACAGUAAUGUAUUCUGGCUGCAUUGAGUAAAAGUAGAUGUUUUUCUUCUCUUCAUAUCAGAAAGGUCUUUAUGCAUUUAUGUAGAAUCCCUUUUAAGGAGUGAUAGGAAAUCCUUAUUUUCAGUGGAUGCAUUUAAGCAAUUCUACCAACCUGUCAAAGUCACACAUUAAAGCAAGCAAUGCAUUUGAAUGUAAACAACAACAAAAAAGGAGUGGGAAAAACACCUUAAUGCACUCUUGUUUUGUCAGUUUAAAAGUGAGCUUUAAGUUUGUUUGUUUUUGGGAAAGAAUUUGCAACAGGUUUUCAAUGUAGUCUAUAUUUGAGUUCUUCCACAUGCAUUUAUAGAAAGUAACUUAAAAAACGAAUAAAAAAACAUAUUACAGUUUUUCAAAUCUAUUUUGCUAACAUGGGUUAUUAUUUCAUAGAAAGCAGAGGAAAAAAGUCAGUAUCUGGAUGUUAUUUAUGAAAAAUAAAAAAAGAAACAGCAUAUUUAUGAGUAACCUCAAGACAUUUUGUUUUUUAAUUAAAAUGACAAGAAGUUAAUAUAUUUCUAAACACAGGGAAGUCAGUUUCUACUAAUGAAAUAAGAAGUAUUAUUUAUGAGCGCUAUGGACACUUUUCUCAUGUGCUUCACAGAGAAUGGAGUAACUGGGAGAAGUCUCCCAUAGGGGAAAUUCUACCUUCAGACGUGCACUACUCCAACACCAGUGCACUAACAAUGGAAUAAUUACAGAAAAUAUAAUAUUUUUAGAAUUUGGAGAUAUUUUAGUCACAGAGCAUCAUUUUUGUGCCUCAAUUAUAUCUAUUUUUCCUGCAUCAGCAUUCUUUGUGCAGUGCUGCUUGCUGUACCCCCCCCCACCCCCCCAACUAACCCCAUGUUACUGACUGAAACCCAUUACUCAUUUCCUCUGUAAUCUAAACUUGUUUUUUCUUAUUGAAAUAUUAAAUAAAAAAAACUGCACUGGUUGGAAUGAAUGAGGCAGCUGUGACCCUCUUGCCCGGUUGGGCCACUAACAACUUGUAAACGUUUUCAUUCACACAUUUCCUUCAUCUGCUACUCAGUCUGUGAUCGAUCGGUGACGAGGCGAAACCGGCUCAAAAAGGCCUUUCUGAUUGACUUUUGCUGAUGCGUUGAUUAGGUGAGGUGUAAGUGAAGGCAUCGCGGGGCAGACGACAGCACACUGUGUAGAUUUAUAUGUACUUAGAUAAACGUGCACACACACACACACACACUCAGCAGAUUCAUUGCCGUAAUAGUUUGCAUGUAUAUUGUAUGGUCACUUAGACAGGAGAAACGGUGCCGGGCGCGGCGGCUGGAUGCUACGCCGGCGCACGCGGACCGGGUCUCCUCUGUAGAAUUUCAUAGUUGGAGUCUCUUUAGAAAGUGGAAAACUGUGAUGAGUUCGGAGCCAGUCAGAGACCAUUUCAGACUCCACGCCCAACCCCACCUUCUUUUUACCUGAAAUGAUCAUUUGUUCCCAUUUGGGAAAGAGCAGAAACUUUUUGAAAAUGAAUAAAAGGCGAGGACGCAUCCCUGUGGUGGCGUGUAAAGCUCGGGGACUGACAUGACGCUCGCUGGCGAAACUCAACCCUUUCCAAAGAGGCCGAUGCAGUCUGACAGUUUGUCUUUGGUAGCGUUUCCGAUAUUUCCAGCACAGUAGAGGUGCUUCAUACCGGUCUAAUAGUGGUUGUAGUGCAUUAGUUUUUGGGCCGGCAGCAGCUGGCGUUAGUUUCUGGUUUCUCUGUGAACAGUCGGGGGGGUCGCCGCUGAGGCCCUCUGCAGUGGAACGUCAACUUUGAUGGAGAAAGAAAAAAAAAAGUUUUCGAACUCUGUUACAGUGUGCCAUGCCCGGACGGGGCAUGUGAUUAUUGCAGGUUUAUUUCUUAUAGCACAUGUUUUUUUUGUGAAUUACAUUUUUGAAGACGAUUUUUAUUAAUAUUAUUAUUAUGAUUAUUAUUGUAUCUGCGCCAUGUUAGUUCUGGUUCUUUGUUAUUUUUCCAAGAUUGAAAAUGUAUUGUAAAUGUUUCUAAUAAAACAAAAAACAAAAUGA